AGGGAAGGACUGACCGAGGCUCGGCCCAGAGGCCCAGGGCGAGGCCAAGGUGGCCGCUGCUUGCUUUAGCGGCUGCUGGAGGCUGGAGCUGCCUGGGCUGCGGCCGCCGCCUCCUCCCGGCAGGCGCAGGCGGGCGGGCGGGCGGAGUGGGGGACUCUCCGGGCGCUGACAUUUGCAGGCCGCCCUCCUGAUUGGUCCCCUCGCCGAGCUGCUCACGGGUUCAUUCAACUGUUAAGCACCUCCCCGUCUCUCUAAAGGACAUUAUAAUGCAAGAAGCCCCCUUUUUAACCACAAACCGAAUUUUCUUUCAUUUAGGUGAUCUAUAUAUAUCUAUAUCGUAUAGCUUAUAGCUUAUAUCUAUUUUAAAUAACUUAAAGCCGCUAAAAUUUGGGGGGGGAACAGCUUUCGCCCUGGAGCGGUGCGCGAUGCUGUCUCAUGCCGACCUCCUGGACGCCAGGCUAGGUAUGAAAGAUGCCGCCGAGCUUCUGGGCCACCGGGAGGCGGUGAAGUGCAGGCUGGGCGUGGGGGGCUCUGACCCCGGGGGCCAUCCGGGGGACCUGGCGCCCAGCUCGGACCCCGUCGAAGGAGCCACCCUGCUGCCGGGCGAGGACAUCACCACGGUGGGCUCUACUCCCGCUUCGCUGGCGGUGAGCGCCAAAGACCCGGACAAGCAGCCGGGGCCCCAGGGCGGCCCCAACCCCAGCCAAGCCGGCCAGCAGCAGGGCCAGCAGAAACAGAAGCGCCACCGGACACGCUUCACCCCAGCGCAGCUCAACGAGUUGGAGAGGAGCUUCGCCAAGACCCACUACCCCGACAUCUUCAUGCGGGAGGAGCUGGCGCUGCGCAUCGGGCUGACCGAGUCGCGAGUGCAGGUCUGGUUCCAGAAUCGCCGCGCCAAGUGGAAGAAGCGCAAGAAGACCACCAACGUGUUCCGCGCGCCCGGCACGCUGCUGCCCACGCCGGGCUUGCCCCAGUUCCCGUCGGCCGCCGCCGCCGCCGCCGCCGCCAUGGGCGACAGCCUGUGCUCUUUCCACGCCAACGACACCCGCUGGGCGGCGGCCGCGAUGCCUGGCGUGUCCCAGCUGCCGCUGCCGCCCGCGCUCGGCCGCCAGCAGGCCAUGGCUCAGUCGCUGUCCCAGUGUAGCCUGGCGGCGGGGCCCCCGCCCAACUCCAUGGGUCUGUCCAACAGCCUGGCGGGCUCCAACGGCGCGGGGCUGCAGUCGCACCUCUACCAGCCCGCCUUCCCCGGCAUGGUGCCCGCCUCCCUCCCCGGCCCCAGCAACGUCUCCGGCUCGCCCCAGCUCUGCAGCUCUCCGGACAGCAGCGACGUGUGGCGGGGCACGAGCAUCGCGUCCCUGCGCCGCAAGGCGCUCGAGCACACAGUCUCCAUGAGCUUCACCUAAUGCCGCUGCGCGCAGCCCGCUCCGCCCCGGGCGCCCUCCUCCUCUUCCUCCUCCUCCUCCUCCUCCUCCUCCUCCUC